AUGAAGGGCUUAGGAGAUAACAGAAGCCGCCACCUCUCUGACAACCUGGACUCCCCUCAAGACUCUCUUUAUGCCCCCCAGGACAGGAACCCUUAUCUCCUCAGCCCCACCGACUCCUUCACCAUGGACCCCCGAUUCCCAGCCCAGAAUACCCUCCAUGGCGACUGUCUCCUUCCACUCAACAACCAGAUCUCCAACAGCAGCACUUUCCCCCGCAUCCAUUACAACUCCCACUUCGAGGUCCCGGAUGACAACCCUUUUCCGAGCCAUGCCCAAGCCACUAAAAUCAACCGCCUGCCUGCAAACCUCCUUGACCAGUUUGAGAAGCAGCUGCCCAUCCACAGAGACGGCUUCAGCACCCUCCAGUUUCAGAGGAGCGAUGCGAAGCACCGGAGCGAGAGCCCUGGGCGCAUCCGGCACCUUGUCCACUCUGUCCAGAAGCUAUUCGCCAAGUCCCAGUCUCUGGAGGGCCCCACCAAAGGCAACGUGAAUGGCAAGAAGGGGGCGGAUGACCCCAAGCAAAACCGGAGGAGCAAGAGCAAAGACCGAGCGAAGACCUCCGAGCCCAAGCGCAGGACCCGAUCCAACAUAUCAGGCUGGUGGAGCUCAGAUGACAACUUAGACAGCGAUACCUGCAGCUACCGCAACCCAAUGGGCCUCAUGACACUGGGCCGGCAGCCGGACCACAGCCAGCCGAAGUAUUUCAUGCACGCUUACAAUACCAUCAGCGAGCACAUGCUGAAAUCCUCCAAGAGCAAUAACGACCUCAAGGUCACCCCUUGCACCAAUAUCCCCAUCAACAAUGAUUCCAACUACAUUAAGAGGGGCUCCUGGUCCACACUGACCCUCAGCCAUGCCCGGGAAGUGUGCCAGAAGGCCUCCGCCACGAUCGACAAAGCCUUGCUGAAAUCCAAGUCCUGCCAUCAAGACUUGGCCUACCACUACCUGCAGCCUGACGGAGGGCUGUGGGCACAGCUGGGUGGCGUGAGCCCGGCCAGCAGCUGGGCAGCCCCACCGCUCGGCUGGGAGGACACGGGUGCCGCCCCGCUGCAGCCGAGCGAGCCCCCGCGGAGGUGGGACCAGCCCCUCAGCCCUGGGCCGACCGACGCAGGCAGCGGCCAGGUGCCUCAGGGGGAGUGGAACAACACGCUGUCUCAGGACAAAGACAGCGAGAUCCCGUGCCGGCGCAUGCGGAGCGGGAGUUACAUCAAAGCCAUGGGGGAUGAUGAUAGUGAAGACUCAGAAACCAGCCCCAAACCAUCCCCGAAAACUGCAGCUCGGAGGCAGAGUUACCUCAAGGCCACCCAACAGUCCCUGAGUGAGCAGAGCACCACACAAAGGAGCCUGGACCGCCUGGACUCUGUCGAGAUCCUCCUACCUCCAAAGUUCCCAACCUGGGAGGAAGAAUACAACCAGAUCUCCGACAGCGUCAACGAGUCCAGUUGCAUCAACCAGAUCUUUGGACCCCCCUCACUUAUCCCUCAGAUAUUUACCCAUGGAGAGCAGGCACCAGAGCCGGAGCUGGGGGAGCAGUACGAGGCAGUCUGCGACUCUACCUACAGCGAGGCCGAGUCGGCCGCCGCGGAGGUGCUGGACCUGCCUCUGCCCAGCUACUUCCGCUCCCGGAGCCACAGCUACCUCCGAGCCAUCCAGGCGGGCUGCUCCCAGGAAGAGGACACGGGCUCCGUCCGCUCCAUCUCCCCCCCGCCAGCGGGCAGCCUCAGCGGCAGCAGGACCCUGCCCACCAACAGUUCAUCAUGCCUAGUGGCAUAUAAAAAGACUCCACCUCCUGUCCCACCUCGGACCACAUCAAAGCCGUUCAUCUCUGUCACUGUGCAGAGCAGCACUGAAUCGGCGCAGGACACCUACCUGGACAGCCAGGACCACAAGAGCGAGGUGACCAGCCAGUCGGGACUCAGCAAUUCUUCAGACAGCUUGGACAGCACCAGGACACCCAGUGUGACAAGGGGAAGCGUCGUGACUCCAGCAAGAGAGACUCCAGAGUUACCCCAGAAAAAUGCAACUUUGAAAAGUGACAAAGGGACUCUGACUAGUGAAGAGCCUAAAGUGGAGAAUAUCCCCAAAAGAAAGCUGUCGUCUAUAGGAAUACAAGUUGACUGCCUUCAGCCAGUGGCAAAAGAGGAGCCUCCUCCACCAGCCACCAAAUUCCAGUCCAUCGGGGUACAGGUAGAGGACGAGUGGCGAAACAGCCACUCUCGCAGCAUGUCCUCCAAACAGGACACAGACUCUGACACGCAGGAACCUAAUAACUCUAGCUGUAAAUCAUCUGAGAGAAGCCUCGCUGAGUGCCCCCAGCACAACAACUCUGUUGGUGUUGAUGCCACUACCAGGCAACCAGCCAAGCCCUCACAGAUUAAGAGAAACCUCUCCUAUGGAGAAAACAAUGACCCAGCCCUGGAGCCUUCCUCUCUCCCUCCUCCUGACCCCUGGCUUGAGACAUCCUCCACCUCGCCAUCAGAACCCACGCAGCCAGGAGCCUGCCGGCGGGAUGGGUACUGGUUUCUGAAGCUGCUGCAGGCAGAAACAGAGCGGUUAGAAGGCUGGUGCCGCCAGAUGGACCAGGAGACCAAAGAGAACAAUCUCUCUGAAGAAGUCUUAGGAAAAGUCCUGAGUGCAGUGGGCAGUGCACAGUUACUAAUGUCACAGAAGUUCCAGCAAUUCCACGGCCUCUGUGAACAAAACUUGAACCCUAAUGCCAAUCCCAGACCCACAGCCCAGGACCUAGCUGGGUUUUGGGAUCUCCUGCAGUUGUCCAUUGAAGACAUCAGCAUGAAGUUUGAUGAGCUGUACCACCUGAAAGCUAAUAGCUGGCAAUUGGCAGAGACACCGGAGAGAAAGGAAGAGAAGAAACCACCCCCUCCAGUGCCAAAGAAGCCAGCCAAGUCCAAAUCCCAACUGAACCGGGACAAAGCUUCUGAUUCAGACAAGCAGCGCCAGGAAGCUCGCAAGCGUCUUAUGGCAGCCAAGCGGGCCGCCUCUGUCCGGCAGAACUCGGCCACGGAGAGCGCAGAUAGCAUCGAGAUCUACGUACCCGAGGCACAGACCCGCCUUUGAGCAAAGGGGCAGAGGAAGGAACCGCGUGGUUUUUAUAAGUCAUUAAAAAGGAAAAAAAAAAAAAAAAGGUUCUCUCUAAACUAGUGUGAUUUAUUCAGUCUAGAGACAAUGAGCCAUCCUUGAAAAGGGCUCCUGAGUUGGCUUUUUUCUCUCAGCUUUAAGUAAUGAAGAUUUUAAAAAAAAAAAAAAAAACAAACAAAAAAAAGAAAAAAAUACCCCUCAUUUUCUCACUGGCUGUGGUGUUGCUGAAUGGACUGAACAGACUCUUGGAAACUCCAGCCCCUCGACUUGGAACUUCAGUCUUUUUACUUGUUCUAUCUAAUGAGAAUUAUUAGCUUGUUUACAAGAAGAGGACAAGAAAACAUGAAGCCUUGAGCACUUGCCAUGCUGUGUUCUUCCUCCUCCUCAGUUCUGUUCUUCCUUCUCAUCCUUUAUUUUUUUUCCUCCUUCUGCUUCCUUUCUCCCACCCUUUGCAUGGCUUCGUUUACUGUGUUAGAAAUAACCUCUCUUCCACAGAGCUCCUGAAGAGAACACCCAUUCAGUGUGUACUACUGUUGCACUCUGCUAGCAAGCAGCCUUUCUUGGGGGUGUUUUUGUUUUCCUUUUGAU